CUCCAAACGUUUGGGCAAACGAAUGAAUUCCGAUUGCUGUCAAUAUUCGUACAUUUGACUAAAGAUAGUUCGCAAAUAUUCGUUAAAAAAGGUGUAUCUUUGAAGUGUAUUAAAAGUUGUGUGUUUAUAUCUGAGUCUUACUGAAAAAUUUCAAUGGCGUCAAGCGAUAAAACCAUUGAUGAUUCUCUGUAUCCAAUAGCAGUUCUUAUUGACGAACUUAAAAAUGAAGAUGUCCAGCUUCGUUUGAAUUCUAUCAAAAAACUUUCAACUAUUGCCCUUGCCCUUGGAGAAGAACGUACUCGUUCCGAACUAAUUCCAUUUCUAACGGAGACAAUCUACGACGAAGAUGAGGUUCUUUUGGCGUUAGCUGAUCAACUUGGCAACUUUACUAGUUUGGUUGGAGGACCUGAAUACGCCAUGUACCUAAUACCGCCAUUAGAAAGUUUAGCAACGGUCGAAGAGACUGUUGUUCGUGAUAAAGCUGUUGAAUCAUUGCGUAUAGUGGCAGCAGAACACAGUGCUCAGGACCUUGAAAUACAUGUAGUACCUACAUUACAACGUUUAGUUUCCGGAGAUUGGUUCACUUCACGCACUUCGGCAUGUGGCUUAUUCUCCGUAUGUUAUCCACGGGUAUCUCAGCCAGUUAAAGCAGAGCUUCGUGCUAAUUUCAGGAAAUUAUGUCAGGAUGAAACUCCAAUGGUAAGACGUGCUGCUGCAAGUAAAUUGGGAGAAUUCGCAAAGGUGGUUGAAAUUGAAUAUUUGAAAUCUGACCUUAUUCCAAACUUUGUUCAAUUGGCUCAAGAUGAUCAGGAUUCGGUUCGUCUAUUAGCCGUAGAAGCUUGUGUGAGUAUUGCACAGCUACUACCCCAAGAAGAUGUUGAACAUUUGGUUUUGCCUACAUUGCGUCAAUGUGCGAGUGAUUCUUCUUGGCGUGUUCGUUAUAUGGUGGCUGAAAAGUUUGUAGAUUUACAAAAGGCUGUAGGACCAGAGAUUACUAGAGUCGAUUUGGUACCUGCAUUUCAAUAUUUGUUAAAGGAUGCUGAAGCAGAAGUGCGUGCUGCUGUUGCAACCAAAGUCAAAGACUUUUGUGCAAACCUUGAUAAGGCUAACCAAGUGCAUAUUAUUAUGACAUCGAUUCUGCCUUAUGUUCGCGAUUUGGUGUCGGAUCCAAAUCCUCAUGUGAAAUCGGCUUUAGCUUCUGUUAUAAUGGGAUUGAGUCCUAUGCUUGGGGCAUAUAACACCGUGGAGCAUCUUCUGCCCUUAUUCCUCAUACAACUCAAGGAUGAGUGUCCGGAAGUUCGAUUGAAUAUAAUAUCUAAUCUAGAUUGUGUGAAUGACGUAAUUGGAAUACAACAACUAUCUCAAUCUUUGUUACCAGCUAUUGUUGAAUUAGCGGAAGACUCCAAGUGGCGCGUACGAUUGGCCAUUAUCGAAUAUAUGCCUGCCCUAGCUGGCCAACUGGGUCAGGAAUUCUUUGACCAGAAGUUACGUGGUCUUUGUAUGGGGUGGUUAAACGAUCAUGUAUAUGCCAUAAGGGAAGCAGCUACACUGAACAUGAAAAAGUUGGUUGAGCAAUUUGGUGCCCAAUGGGCUGAACAAGCUAUUAUUCCAAUGAUUUUGGUUAUGUCACGCAAUAAGAAUUAUUUACAUAGAAUGACUUGUCUAUUUUGUUUAAAUAUGUUGGCUGAAGUCUGUGGCACAGACAUUACAACUAAGUUACUGUUGCCUACUGUUCUCCUUCUAGCCUCUGAUCCUGUUUCGAAUGUUCGCUUUAAUGUAGCAAAGACCUUGCAGAAAAUUUCUCCGUUCCUUGAUAGUAGCGUGAUCGAUACUCAAGUUAAGCCAACCUUGGAAAAAUUAAACGCUGACACGGAUGUGGACGUCAAGCAUUUUGCUUCUGAAGCCAUAGCAGCCAUUGCCGCUGUUUCCACAAAAAGGCAAGUGUAGAUGCAGAAACAUAUUUUCUUCAACAAACCCGAAUUAGAUACCUUUUUAUAACCUCCUCGCUGGAAAGGAGGGUAUAUUAAAUUUGUCAUUCCGUUUGUAACACCUCUAAUUAUUCGUCGUAGACCCCAUAAAGUAUAUACAAUCAUGACCAAAGUUGGUUUUAUGAUGUUCACCUGUCAGUCUAUUGAAAUCACGAUAUUGAUAUGAAAUUUGAUAUAGAGCUUUGAAAUUUGGCACAACAUUGUGUUGUGUCUAGGAUGUUUGGUAGUGAAAAUGAUUGUGUACGCGAUAAUUUCGCAUUUCAUACCUGCCCAUACCUAUAAAGACCAACAUUUGUUUCAAUUUCUCUUUUUAGCGUUAAGCAUUUGGACCUUAAUAAUAUGAAAAUAUUUUAUAUCAAA